GUUGCCCCCACAUUGCGCAAAGUGACUAAAUUCCGUCCGUAUAAAUUCACUUUUCGCGGUCAACCCAGCAUAGUUGAUCAAAUCGUGUCCAACUGAAAACAUGCAAUUGAGUUUCGAUACACUAUUAAAUCAAAAUAUAUGUCAAGUGAUUUGUACUAGUGCCAAGAACACAUCAACAAACCAUCUACCUUCUUGAUCAAGUGUUAAAUUAUUCGUUUUCAAUAGUAAAUUUAGGAAUAAGUGUAUUUAAUUUAGUGAGCAUGCCGAAAGGAAAACGAAAAGGAAAGUCUGAUCGUAGCAGAUACGAUGGUUCACUCCAAACGUCAGAUGACGAUUCAAACAACAACGACGCCAUGAGCGUGAUCAGCAACUACUCAAAAAGUUCGGAGAGCUCCGAAUUCGGCGAAGACUGCGCAGCAGAUCAACUCGAGGACAAACUAAUGGAAGUGAUGGACGGCUUGUCCGAUAAAUCCUCAAAAACGAGAAUAGACAGCUUUAAGAUGCUUUCGAAGGCGCUAAUAAAGAAAUUCAUACCAAAUUUCGUUAAAGAUAGACUAUUCACGAUCUCAGACAGCAUUGAGAGGAGUUUGAAGAAAGGCAGCGGGUCAGAGAAGGCCGCGGCUGCCGAUCUGACAACGCAGCUUUGUAUACAGACUGGGUUGUUUGAUGAGUGUGAAGAUAUAUGCAAGAAUUUCACACCAACGUUUCUCGUCAUUGCCAAAGAUACUUCAGUUAGUCCUACAGUAAGAGGAAAGUGUUGCCAAGCUCUGGGAAACAUGGCCUUUUUGGGAGGCGGGGAAAUGGGCGAAGUUUUAACUCUAAUGCAACAAUUAGAAACAAUAUUCUUGGGCAGUUAUCUCAAGGGAGACGGUGCCGUUCCAAAUAUCACCCCCGAGGUCGCCACAAUGCACGCCGCCGCCUUGAGCGCAUGGACGCUGCUAUUUACUUUGAUGUCACCCGGCAACAUCUCGCACAUGAUGAACAACUCCAAGACGCUGGCGUCUUUGGAUAAUUUGUCGGGUUUGUUGGAGUCUGCGCACUUGGAAGUGCGCAUGGCGGCCGGCGAGGCACUGGCCGUCAUCUUUGAAUUGGGUAGAUUGGAGGAUGAAGAAUUCGAGGACGAUUUUGCCAAUGAUAUUGCUGAUACGUUGAAGAAGUUGGCCACUGAUUCAAAUAAAUAUAGGGCUAAGAAAGACAGGAAGCAGCAGAGGGCGAGUUUUAGGGAUAUUUUGCAAUUUAUAGAGGAGAAUAGCAGUUCGAAUGUGACGAUAAAGUUCGGCAAGGAAGAGGUGACGUUAGAUUCGUGGGCUAAAAGGAAACAGUAUGAGGAGCUGUGCAAAGUCUUGGGACCUGGAAUUAAUAUUCAUUUAACUGAAAACGAUCUCCUUAGGGAUAUAUUUGAAAUAAUCGGCGUGCCACCUGGCGACGACGGGCUCACUCACGCCCAACAACAACACGAAAGAAAGAUUAAGAAAAUUCAAAAUGCUGCCAACUUCAAAGCAAGAACAAUAAAUAGAGCUAAAAAUAGGGACAAGCGAUGCGACUUUUAAGUAUGAUUUUAGAAUAAAUUUAGAGAAAUGUAUUUAUUUUAUUUAGGUAAAUUACAUACUUUUUUAAUUAUGUGACAUUUAUAUAGGCAAUAGAAUUCUUCAUUUAUUUUUGUUUUUAAAUAAUAAAUAAAAAUGGAUAAUCAA